AUGAGCAGUGAUUAUUGGAGCGGCAAGAUCUUCGAGUUUUUGGAGGCCGAGGCCAAGUGCGAGACCUCUCGCCCGCAGAUCAACGAGGGCAGCAAUCGCUUGGAGGGGGUCAGGGACAUGCUCGGGAGCAACCCGACGGAGGCCUUCAAUACGCUCGAGGAGGAGGCUCGCAGGUUGGCGCACUUCCGCGACGUGCUUCCGCAGGGCGCGCAUGCCGAAUACGAGAACUUGGUCAAGGUGGCGCUGUCUGACGUCCAACGGUUCUUCAAGAACUUGUGCUCCAAGAAUGACCCGCAGUCGAUGAUCUACCAGGUGCCUGUGCAGAAAGCCCUCUCCGAGUGCACGUUGGCCUUCCCGUUGGACGCGGGCGUGUCUGCCAUGAGUGACGAGGUUGGCCAGCUCAUCUGCGAGACGAGCUACACGGCGUCGAUCGAGAGCUUCUCCACGGCGUGCAAGCGCGCGUCUGGGCUUCACGUUGACAUUUUUGGUCAGAGCACUGCUUGCAAGGAGCUGGUGGAGGCCCUCUCUCAGGCAUCCAAGCAGAGCAGGACCAAAGGUUGGGGCGAUGCAGUUGACAAUGCCAGGGUUGCGUACAGGAGCCUUGUCAACCUCAGCGUUGGCAUCAAUGACGAGACGAAGCUGCAGGAUCUAUUCGGCGCUGUUCGGGUUCUCGGCGACACGCUUCGUGACAUCGACGGUGGCGGGUACAAUGAGAUUGACGUGGCCCUCUCAAGCAUUCGAGCCGGUGCGACGCUUCAGAGCAUCGCGGACGUUGGCGCCGCAGACCUCCUCGUGACGUGCCAAGAGAGCUCGAGCUUGGUCCCCGCGGUGCGUCAGGAGAUCGAGCUGCUGCAGAGGACCAUCGACGGCAUCAAGAUUGCCGACGGUGAUCUCGAGGGUGGUGCAGCGUUUCAGGCUUUGUACACCUUUGCCAAGACGGUCACCGACGCGGCGAAGGACCGCGUGAAUCAGAUUGCCAAGGUGGCGCUGGAUGGCUUCGCAGCGUCGGCGAGACUCGCGGUGGAUGACGUGCUUCGCGCGUCGGAGAAGAUGAUCAACGCGGAUGCGUGGACCGCGCUCGCCGCCAAGACCACGGUGUGGGCCAAGUGGAGCGCCGAGGCCGUGCCGAUCUUCAAGGAUUUCAGGUCGGAGAACUUCAGCAGCCAGCUGGCUGCGCUUCACAAGGCCAAGGCGGAUUACGGCGCCGCGGGCAAGGCCUACGGCUGGUCGACUGACGUUGAGUUUGUUGACGAGAUGUCAACGGUGUUUCAGAGUAGUGUGUUGCUGCACGCCAGCGCCAAGCUGGUCGAUGCCCUUGCUGUGAACGUGCCAACGACUAAGUUGGCCAUCAGGGAUGCGGUCAAGCAUGCCCUCGACAAUAUCGAUCCAUACGGAUCUGGCGUUGAGAAGAGCAUGCUGCCAGCAGCGCUGCUCUCGCGCGCCUCGGAGGCGCUUCGCUUGCGCUAG